AUGGCGCCCUACCAACCCCUUUGUCUUGGAUACAAUGGGGUACAUCCCUUUUCCAAGGUUGAGAUCAAGGAUCGUGCAUCUGUUCAAGAGCUCCUUCGCACUGUUCUUGACCCUCUAGAGCCAUUCUUCUCCCCCCAAAAAGCCCGUGUCAAGUGUCCCGGUGCAACAGCAGUCAGAUUCGACCAGACUGCUUCAGAAGUCGAAGGAAUAUGCCGUCCACUCUGGGGCUUAGCUGCUUUACUGGCAGGUGGUGGUGAUUACGAAGGCACGGAAUUGUGGAUUCAGGGUAUCAAGUCAGGGACUGACCCAGAAAACCCCGAGUAUUGGGGUUAUCCUCAGGACAACGACCAAAGAAUGGUUGAGAUGUGUCCCCUGGGCUGGGCGUUGGCUGUUGUCCCCGAGUUUUGGAGCAGCCUUUCUGACAAGGAGAAGAGUAAUGUUGAGACAUGGCUAGGAAAUUCAAUCAACGAGAAGAAUAUGCCCAACACUAAUUGGUUAUGGUUCCGUGUGUUUGCCAACCUAGGGCUAAAGAAGAACGGCGGCAAAUUCUCCCAGGAAAGACUUGACAGCGACAUUGAGCACCUCGAAACGUUUUAUCGGGGAGGAGGCUGGUCUAACGAUGGACCAGAGGGCAUCCAUCAAAUGGACUAUUACUCGUCAAGUUUCGCAAUUCAGCUACUUCAGCUAUUGUAUGCCAAGUUAGCAGGGGAAGAGGACCCAAAGCGGGCAGAAGAAUUCAAGAGGCGAGCACAACAGGUUGCUCUGGACUUAAUCCAUUACUUUGACGAUGAAGGCAGAGCCAUUCCUUAUGGCCGAAGCGUAGGCUACCGGUUUGCCAUGGUUUCUUUCUGGGGAGCGCUGGCCCAUGCCGAUGUUGAGUUGCCUGCACCGCUGACCUGGGGCAUGGUGAAAGGAGUUGUGUUUCGUCACUUGCGUUGGUGGCAGACCCAAGGUGAUAUCUGGACGUCAAGUGGUACACUGUCGAUUGGGUAUUCUUACCCAAACAUGUAUUACUGGGCAUGCCUAGCAUUUAUGUGCCUGGCAACACCAGAUGAUCACCCUUUCUGGACAUCCGACGAGGAGUCAACCAGUGGUGCAAUCCCCAAGAUGAAAGCUCUGAGCCAACCGGGCCAUAUUAUGAGUUACCUUGGCGGCCACUGCAUGCUUCUGUCGUCAGGACAAGCUUGCAGCUACCCAAUGAAAGGAACCCAUGCCAAAUACGGCGGAUUUGCUUAUAGCAGUGCAUACGGAUACUCGGUACCCCCUGGCCUAUUUUCUCUAGAGCAGUAUGCACUGGCAUCGCAACUGGGGCUCUCGGAUGAUGGGGGCGAGUACUGGAAGACCCGAAGGCUUUGCGAGUAUGCGGGGAUCGAAGACCGUGAAGGCACCCCAAUUCUCGUCUCGAUCUGGAAGCCUUUCCCAGAUGUCACUAUUCGCACUAUAUUGAUCCCUUCACAAGAAGAAACCCCCAACUGGCAUCUUCGAGUUCAUCAUAUCAAGAGUGGCCGUGAGGUCAUGACGGCGGAUGGCUCCUUUGCUAUUUCCAAUGUCAACUCAACCAAUGGACGAUAUCUUGGACCAUACGAUGAAACAAAGCACGAGGGAACAUAUCCUAAGAUCAUUGGCAAUUACGAUCUUAAGACACCUGAUGGUUGGGCAAGCGGAAAGUCGGGGGCUUUUGCAGUAUCGAAAGGCGCUGUCGGCAUCAAAGCCUUGGAGCCGGGGGAACAACGUCAGGCUAUGCUGGUUAAUGCGGACCCGAACUCGAACUUGGUUGAGAGCAGAAGCACAAUUCCAACUCUGCAACAUACUAUCAAAGCUGGCGAGUCGGUCUGGUAUGUCUCUGCUAUAUAUGCCAAGCCCUCGGGGGUUGGGGUGAACAAGGAAAGCUAUCUCGAUGGAUGGGCCAAGACUCCUCUCAUUCCUGGCUGGCUAGAGAAAGAGAUGAAUGCUUAA